AUGAGCGAUAGAUUUGGCUUCAAAAGCAAGCUUCCCACGAGCGGGAACUUGCGAUCGUCGUCGAAGGCAAACGAGCAGAAACCUACCGCGGCUAGCAAGCGCCCUUUGGAGACAGACAAGGAGAAUGUUCCCUCUGUUCCAAAGAAAACCGUCAAAACUCCUGCCGCGCCGCCAUCUUACAUGCGCCCAACGAAAACAUCGAAAACAUUCUCGGCGCGAAAGUCGUUGGCGAAGGCGAAGAGACGAUCGCAGAUGCCCGGCAGAGGCGCAACGGCUGCUGUGAAACGGACAGUCGGAACAGCAGCUGCUACAACGAGACCAGGGCUAAAGCGAGAAGCGAGCACGCUGAGGACAAAAACCCUCACCGCGGCUACGUCUUCUAGAGUCGGAGCGCGCGCUGGAACUGCAAGAGGACCAGUCAAGGCGACAAAAGCUCCUGUUGAGAAAGUCCCUGAGGAAGAUGAAGAUGCUGGCCCUUCAAGUCGAGUCAAACUGACUUCUGAAGGAAAAAUCAUCGUCAAAGGAGUCAAAAAGUUCGACUUGAAGGAGCGAUGCAACGUCCUCGAGAUCGUCCUCGCAGAGAAGAUCACCUCAGCAAGGCAGACAGAGCAGCAUCUAAAAAUGCUCACAGAGGCCGUCGAGAGCAUCAAAGGCGAAAAGCAACAGGCUCAGACUCACGCCAAGGGUCUUGAAGAGUACAAGAUGAUGAAGGAAGCUGAAUAUGACAAUUUAGAGGAGCGCCUACAAAAUGCCCAACGAGAGCUUCGAAAGUUGAAGAACGACCUGGACAGCACACAAGAUACACUUGAUGAAACGCAAAAGCGAUUGAAAUCAGUGAAACUCGAGCGUGACUCACUCCAGGAAGAUUAUGAGGGAGCUGGGAAGAAGAUUGACCAGCUCAAGCGAAAAGUAGAGCUCCAGGAAGAUGAUCUCAAGAAGCUUGAGAACGAGAAAGAAGGCUUGCUCCAAGACAAAUCCGAAAUGAGAGAAAAAAUGGACUCGAUGGACGAUGAGCGCCGAAUGCUGCACGAAACUAUUCAGCAACUCAAGGGAAAUAUCCGAGUCUUCGUCCGUGUGCGACCUCUUCUUCCGAAAGAAAUCCAGGAGAACCACACCGCUGAUCAUAUCAGCUUCGAAAACGCGCUCGACAAGGGUAUUGAAAUUACCCGAGAAGACAAAAAAGGCGAAAAGGCAGAGUUUGAGUUCGAUGCCGUCUUCCAGCCUGGCUCGACGCAGAUGCAGAUUUUCGGCGAAGUGAGCCAGCUCGUAAGAAGCUCUCUUGACGGAUACAAUGUCACCAUUUUUGCGUAUGGACAAACAGGAUCUGGCAAAACUUUCUCAAUGGAAGGGCCGGAAGAUGUCUACGAGAACGAGGAAAUGCAGGGCAUCAUCCCGAGAUCUUUCGAAUUUCUCAUUGACGCUGUCGAGAAAUCGAAAGAAAAAGGCUGGAUCUACAAGCUUGAAGCUUCUUAUUUGGAAGUUUACUGCGAAGAGCUCAAUGAUCUUCUUGAAGGUGGAGACAAGAAGCUCAAGAUCGAGGGAACAGGUUCAAAGCACAUCAACGUUGCCAACUUGAGCCGCCACGAAAUAACUUCCAAGCAUCAGCUCUCCAACCUCGUCAAGCGAGCGAAUAAGCGACGAAAAACUGCCUCCACCAACUGUAACGAGCGUUCAUCGCGAUCUCACUCCGUCUUCAUUCUUUACGUCUCUGGCGAAAACACCCGCAACGGAAUGAAAGUGGAGUCCUGCCUGAAUCUCGUCGACCUGGCAGGUUCUGAGCGCGUCAAAGAAUCAGGAGCCACCGGACAGCGAUUUGAAGAAGCGAAGAAAAUCAACGGUUCUCUCUCGUCGCUUGGUGAUUGCAUUGCUGCACUGGGCAGCAAGAGCAAGCACGUUCCGUACAGAAACUCCAAGCUCACUCACUUGCUCCAGAACUCGCUUGGUGGCAACUCAAAGACGUUGAUGAUCAUGCACGUCAACCCGCGCAAGUUGUUCGCGAACGAGUCGUUCAACACGCUGCGCUUCGCCCAGAAAGUCAAUAGUACCAAUAUCGGUACUGCCCAAAAGAUUGUAAAAUAA